CGAGCAUCAUUAAUUGAAACUCGCAUGAUAUGGAAGACGCAGCAGACGUCUCAAACCCGGCGGUGCCCCACGUCGGCUUGAAGCGGAAGCGCGUCGCCAAGGCCUGUCAUAAGUGCCGGUCCAUGAAAUCCAAGUGUGAUGGAAAAUGGCCUGAGUGCAGUCGCUGUAAGGGCUAUGGGUAUGACUGUGUCUACGCAGCUGGGGGACGAGCCAAGCGGAGACAGGAAGCCUCCACCGACGACAGCUCGCUCGACAGUACUGUUCAAGGACAUGGAGACCUACGUGAAGCUAUCAGGCAGUAUGAGUCGUUACUGGACCUUGUUGUAUCGAAGCUGCCGACGCCGCAAUAUCGGAAAGACGCAUCUGCAGUAUUGGCUUGUAUGAAGGCCGCUGAUAGAGCCUUAUCCAGUAUCGAUGCUUCAACUCUGACGACGAGGCUAUCGACAACCUUGACUGGCUCUGAUGCUCUUUCUUUUCGGCCGCAGGUCAGUCAGGCCGAGAGGUAUCUUGGCAAGGUGAGCGACGUAUGCUUCUUCAACCUGGUCAAGCGGGUGCUGCAGGCCCAACCAGGUUCUUCCGACUCUGACCAAAGAGUUGACAGCUAUGAGCAAGUCGACGACAUCGCGUCCCCCAGUGUCAAUGUCAUGCCUGGUAGAGUCGUCGAGCUGCCGAGUCCUGAAGCUGCUAAAGUGUUUGCCGACGUGUACUUCUCUACUGUGCAUCUCGCGUUUCCUUUCAUCCCGCAGGCGCUGUUUAUGAGGUCCCUUGACCAAGCUUUGGACUCAACGGAUGACUGUUCUUUGGAUAACACCAGACUGGCACUGAUAUAUGUCAUUUGUGCCAUUGGGGCUUACUAUACGAGCUUACCAGGAGAACAAAUUGGAGCAAACAAGUGUCACGAAGUUUAUUUCCUUCAGGCGCUCUCGUUAGCUCUGCCUGCAGGGACAGACAGGUCAAUUCACCACGUCUCUCUGCUCCUGGCCCAAUGCUUUUAUCUACUAGCAGUCUGCAGAACAGACAGCUGUUGGGCAACAUUGGGGCAAACCGUCCGUAUGGCCCAGAGCAUUGGGUUGCAUGUAGAGCAAAACGACCCCCAGAGGCUCAAAGGGCCAGGGAGAUUACUUAUAGAGCGGCGACGGCGAAUCUGGUACUGUAUAUACGUGCUAGAUCGCCUGAUCUCUCUGCAGCUUGGUCGACCCCCCGCGAUCCAUGAAGACUACUGCCAUGUUCCGCUGCCCUCCCGACUUGGAGAUUCGGACAUUGAUUGGGACGGCGACGAAUUUCCAACAAUGUUUGAGGGGCCUUCUGUUGGUGACUACCAUCUGGAAGUUAUCUCCUUCUCCAAGAUUGUCAGUCAGGUCCUGCGCGACCUAUAUAGCCCGAGAGCGGGCCAGAAUUUAACUAGUGAUCUGUUCAAUACUAAGGAACUCGACCUCAAACUCAUACAGUGGAAACAAUCGCUGCCUAGAACGUUGCGAUUCGACUUGGGACAUGCAUUUGACAAAUCCUUCAUCUUCAAACGCCAGCGAAGCAUGUUGGCUAUCAAAUAUCACCAUCUCCGGGCUCUCAUCCACAGGCCAUACCUUUGUUACCCAAUCAUGCGCAAUCAGGAUGAUGAUGCUGAGAUUGCACUCACCCAGGCAAACUGGGCCCUUGUUAGCAUGUAUGAAAAGAUAUGCAUUGCAGAGGCGCGGGAGACAGCACGCCUACUGCACUGUAUCUCGUGUGAGAAGGACUUGGUGCAAGAAUUCCCAUGGUGGCAGAUGAUCUCAUGUUUGAUCUGCGCAGGGUCUAUCUUGGUGGUCUCAAGCAUCUUUAGUCAGCAAACGGGGGAUGCAUUGGAUGGCUUCGACGCCGCCGGUAUUUCUGAUGAUGCGGAGACUUGUUUGAGAGUGUUUGAAGCUCUGAGCGUCAACUCGACGGGCGCUAGGAUUGCGAGAGACAUGAUGGAGGGGCUAAAGGAAUGCGGUCUGAGAUGGAGAGACGCGACCAUGGCUUCUGAGCCACCAUAUCCAGCACUCCCAGCAUCUCAUGCAGCCUUGACCUCCCGAGGUCAUAUUCCUGGUGUAGACGGGCAAGACGCGUCCGUGUCAGACUUUUCUUUUACUACGCCAAGUGCCUGGCCUGCGGAGAUUGUCGAUUCCAUGGCGUGGUCGGUCCAGUUCUUUGGCGCCGUUCAGUCAGGGGAAUAAAGUCCUCAGUCCGCUGGAAGCCAGCAUGGAGGACCAUAGAGGAGAGUCUAGGCGAUCCUGUUGUGAUUCAGCGGGUGAGACAGAAAUGAAUUGCUGCGAUGAAAUCGACGGUGAGAUUGCUUUAUAAUUCAGGCCGGGAUAUAAAGUAAUCCUGCCGGUAGCACAUCCAGACCAGACGCGUCAAACGGUUUCGAAACAAGCUCAUUGGACCAUUGCAACGCGUAGACAGUGUU